AUGAAACUUUUAGAGAGUGGCCGUUUAGAGGCACUUAGCAGAGCUCUUUCAAUCCUGAACGGAGACAGUGCCGUUCAGGGUCGCGUUGAGAGUUACAGCUGCAAGAUGGCUGGCACAGAAAAAGCUUUUUAUAAGCGAUUUACAGCAGAUGGGGAAACAACACACAACCUCCAGGCUUUAUCCCCACCGGAGGGAAUGUUAUAUAGCCGAAGUUUGUCUGGUGAUGAAGAUGGUGUGCUUUGUGACACCAUAUCUCGGAAAACUUUGUUUUAUCUGAUUGCUACACUAAAUGCUGCUUUUCCAGAUUAUGAUUUUUCAAUGGCCAAGAGUAGCGAAUUUAGUGCUGAACCUUCAUUGAGUUGGGUGCAAAGUGCUGUAGAUGCAGCUCUGUCUGCUGUUGGUGGAGCUCGGUGGAGACAGCUGCGACCGGCCUUGUGGACCUCUGUGGAUGAAGAAGUGAUGUUGCCUGAAUGCCGCAUAUACAGUUACAAUCCAGAUUUAGCCAGUGACCCUUUUGGUGAACCAGGCUGUCUGUGGGCUUUCAAUUACUUUUUCUACAAUAGAAAGUUAAAACGAAUCGUCUUCUUCACAUGUAGAGCUAUGAGUCCUGUUUGUGCUGUUGACUCGGGUGUAGACUUUGCAAUGGAUGAAGAUGAAGAAUACAACUAA